GUGCAGGUCUGGGGCCGGGGUCGCUGCGUGUUGGAUGUUCCCCCCCGAGAGUGCAUGGCUGCGGCAGCGAGGCCCCGACCCGGUCCCCGAGGGGCCGCCGCGGUCCGGGAAGCGGUGAUGCUACUGCUGUGCCUCGGGCUCCCGAGCGGGCACCCCUACAAUGUGGACCCUGAUAGCGCGCUGCUCUACCAGGGGACCCCCGGCACGCUCUUCGGCUACUCGGUGGUGCUGCACAGCCACGGGACCAAGCGAUGGCUCGUCGUGGGGGCACCCACUGCCAGCUGGCUCUCCAAUGCCUCUGUGAUUAAUCCUGGGGCGAUUUACAGAUGCCGGAUCGGAAAGAAUCCAGGCCGGACCUGCGAGCAGCUCCAGCUGGGUAGUCCUAAUGGAGAACCCUGUGGGAAGACUUGCUUAGAAGAAAGAGACAACCAGUGGCUGGGGGUAACACUUUCCAGACAGCCAGGAAAAAAUGGAUCCAUUGUGACUUGUGGGCAUAGAUGGAAAAAUAUAUUUUACAUGAAGAAUGAAAAUAAGCUCCCCACUGGUAUUUGCUAUGGAAUGCCUUCUGAUUUGCGGACAGAACUAAGUAAAAGAAUGGCUCCAUGCUAUCAAGAUUAUGUGAAAAAUUUUGGAAUAAACUUUGCAUCCUGCCAAGCUGGAAUAUCUAGUUUUUACACACAGGAUUUAAUUGUGAUGGGAGCCCCAGGAUCAUCUUAUUGGACAGGCUCCCUUUUUGUCUACAACAUAACUACAAAUAAGUACAAAGCAUUUUUAGACAGACACAAUCAAGUAAAAUUUGGAAGUUAUUUAGGGUAUUCAGUGGGAGCUGGUCAUUUUCAGAAUCAACAUACUACUGAAGUAGUUGGAGGAGCCCCCCAACAUGAACAGAUUGGUAAAGCAUACAUAUUUAGCAUUGAUGAAAAGGAACUAAGUAUCUUACAUGAAAUGAAAGGUAAAAAGCUCGGCUCGUAUUUUGGAGCUUCUAUCUGUGCUGUGGACCUCAAUGCAGAUGGCCUCUCAGAUCUCCUCGUCGGGGCUCCUAUGCAGAGCACCAUCCGGGAGGAAGGAAGAGUGUUUGUGUACCUCAACUCUGGCUCGGGUGCAGUCAUGAAUGAAAUGGAAACAGUCCUCACUGGAAGUGACAAAUAUGCGGCAAGAUUUGGGGAAUCUAUAGUUAACCUUGGUGACAUUGAUAAUGAUGGCUAUGAAGACAUUGCUAUUGGGGCUCCACAAGAAGACGACUUGCGAGGUGCUAUCUACAUUUACAAUGGCCGAGCAGACGGGAUCUCAUCCACCUUCUCACAGAGAAUUGAAGGACUUCAAAUCAGCAAAUCAUUGAGGAUGUUUGGGCAGUCAAUUUCAGGACAAAUUGAUGCAGAUAAUAAUGGGUAUAUAGAUGUAGCAGUUGGUGCUUUUCAGUCUGAUUCUGUGGUGUUGCUAAGGACAAGGCCUGUAGUGAUUGUUGAUGCGUCUUUAAGACACCCUGAGUCAGUAAAUAGAACAAAAUUUGACUGUAUUGAAAAUGGAUUGCCUUCUGUUUGCGUGGAUCUAAUACUGUGUUUCUCAUACAAAGGCAAAGAGGUUCCAGAAUACAUAGUUUUGUAUUACAAUAUGAGUCUGGAUGUGAGCAGAAAGGCAGAGUCUCCAUCAAGAUUUUAUUUCUCCUCUAACGGAACUUCUGACAUCAUUACUGGAAGCAUGCACGUAUCCAGCAGAGGAGCCAACUGUAGGACACACCAGGCAUUCAUGCGGAAAUAUGUCCGAGACAUCCUCACCCCAGUUCAUAUAGAAGCUGCUUACUACCUUGGACAUCAUGUGAUCACCAAACGAAGCUCAGAGGAAUUCCCUCCACUUCAGCCAAUUCUUCAGCAGAAGAAAGAAAAGGACAUGAUUAAAACAACAAUAAACUUUGCAAGGUUUUGUGCCUAUGAAAAUUGUUCUGCUGAUUUACAGGUGUCUGCAAAAGUUGGAUUUUCAAAACCAUAUGAAAACAAAACGUAUCUUGCUGUUGGGAGUGUGAAGACAUUAAUGUUAAAUGUAUCUUUGUUUAAUGCUGGAGAUGAUGCUUAUGAAACAAAACUGCAUGUCCAACUUCCCACAGGCCUUUACUUCAUUAAGAUUUUAGACCUGGAAGAGAAACAUAUAAACUGUGAAGUAACAGACAGCUCUGGUACAGUCAAACUUGAUUGCAGUCUUGGCUAUAUUUAUGUUGAUCGUCUCUCACUGAUAGAUAUUAGCUUUCUCCUGGAUGUGAGCUCUCUCAGCCAAGCAGAUGAGGACCUCAAUAUCACAGUACACGCCUCCUGUGAAAACGAAGGCGCCAUGGCUAAAAUAAAGGAUAACACAGUGAUUGUGGCAUUGCCUCUACGGUAUGAGGUUAUGCUGGCUGUUCAUGGGUUUGUGAACCCAACUUCAUUUGUGUAUGGAUCUAGUGAAGAAAAUGAGCCAGGAACAUGCAUGGCAGAAAAAGUGAACUUCACUUUCCAUGUCAUCAACACUGGUAUUAGCAUGGCUCCAAAUGUGAGUGUGAAAAUAAUGGUACCGAAUUCUUUUCUCCCCCAAAUGGAUGAGUUGUUCAACAUUUUGGAUGUCCAGACCUCUGUUGGACAAUGCAGUUUUAAACAUUAUGAGCGACAGUGUGUGUCCACACAGCAAAUGGGUGCAGGGGAGACCUUGAGAGACAUAGUCAAAUUCUUCUCAAAGACUGACAAGAGACUAUUGUACUGCAUGAAGAUGGAUCCACACUGUUUAGAUGUCUUAUGCAACUUUGGGAAAAUGGACAGUGGGAAGGAAGCCAGUGUUUAUAUUCAGCUGGAAGGCAGGCCAUCCAUUUUGGAAAUGGAUGAGACUUCAGUGCUCAAGUUUGAAAUUAAAGCAACAGCUUUUCCAGAGCCACACCCAAAAGUUAUUGAACUGAACAAGGAUGAGAAUACUGCACAUGUUUUACUGGAAGGGCUACAUCACCAGAGGCCCAAACGCCAAUUCACUAUAGUGAUUAUCACAAGUAGCUUACUUCUUGGACUUAUUGUGCUUUUACUAAUAUCAUGUGUUAUGUGGAAGGCUGGCUUCUUUAAAAGACAGUACAAGUCUAUUCUCCAAGAAGAAAACAGAAGAGACAGCUGGAGUUAUGUCAACAGUAAAGACAAUGAUGAUUAAAGUCUUAUUUCAAACUGAGAACUGAAGACAGAUGCGGGUUAAACAAAGCACAGUUUACAAAAAAAACAGACUGAUGCUCCUUUUCCAUGUACAUGCUAUGAUUUUGUCACAAAUGUUGUCUUAAUGCAAAAGGGAAAUUCAAGAAAGAACAGAACUGCCCAAAGGUUCCCUUUUGCCUGUUAAGUGGGAGGAAAAACACUAAGGCUUUGAAAUUGCUCAAGAAAAUUAAAUCUGAGUAAAAUUAUAUGGGACUUCGGAUAUCUUUUCUUUUAAAGAAAUAUUAUUACUAUAUAUGAUGUGUUCACUUUAGUAAAAUUAACUCCACUCAGUAUGCAUUGGUUUAUUUAAAAUAUAUCUGUGAGACUCAUUUGAAACAUGUUCUUCAGACUCACUUAGGCUUUUUCUGAUAUAUCAAGAACUACAAAGACAAUCAUAAGCAGCACAUUUUCUAUGAUUUUUGUUCCAAUAAGCCCAUUAUUCUGUGGAACAGGAAUACUGUAGGCCUAAGGAGCAAACUUCAUGCUGACUCUGCACGCUGGUUGAAGCUUAGGCAGAUGAUUUUUGGAUAAAUAGAUAGCUAUGGAUUCUACUUUCUUUUUGUGUAUAUACAUUUAAAAAAUAUAUAUAUAUAGGUGUUGCUAUAAUUAUAAAUCUAUUAGCAUCCUAUAAUAUGCCUUUACCAAAAGCACCCAGGAAUACAUUUUUAAAGUCUUCAGUGUGCUCACUGUGGUAGCACAUAUAUUAAAGUCUUCAUAAUUUUGUUUGUAAAGCCAAUUUUUUAAUUUAUAAAUGUUGCACUUUAUCUGACACAUGCUGAUGUAAGUAAUAUGAAAACUAUACCUUGCUAAUGAUUUUUUAAAAACUGUGCAAAGAGUACUUAGGUAGCCAAUAUCAUAUACAUUUGGUAUACAUAAAAUAUUUGCUGUUAUUAUGUUAUUCUUUUUGUUGUUCUAUUGCCUAUAAAAACAUUCAAUCUUCUACAGAGAAGAAACAAUUCACAGACUUAGCUAAAAAAGUACUGAUUUCAUCUAUAUAUAUUGAACAUAAAUGUGAUGCCUUCAGAACAUAUCUUAUGGAAAUUUUGAUAAGAUUUUUUUAAUAAAUUUGUUGAUAUUAUGUCAGUUUCUAUCUUAAAAUGAAAUGACUUCUCCCUGGUUUUUAAAUAAUUUGUCUUUACAUUUGUAAUUAGUCAUUUUUAUAAUAUUUAUUUCAUAUAUGUGUUUUUGAUAAAACACCAUCUAGGUCUAUACAUGUAUGUAAGAAAACUGUGGCCAAACUUUGAGCAUCUGUGAAAAGCGCAUCCUUUAGUCUCUGCUCUUCCCUUCCUGUGAGUCACAAUCCCACUCCUGAAGUCCAUCCCUGGAGAAUAAGCAAUGCACUGGGAUUUGUGAAGGCAUUUAAGCAAUGAAACACAAAGCAUUAACUCAGACUGUGCACACAAAUAUGUUUAAUUAAAUGGAUACAUUUUUAAGGAACACCUUUUUGAGUACAAAAGAUGUAUUUUAGGUCAAGCAAUUCUUUCUGGCAGUUACCAAUGAUCAUUCAUCAAAAACUGUCUUUUCAAGCAAUGAUCUCUGAGGAAAGUUAAAAUUGAAUUUUUACACUGAAAACCAAGUGCUCUGAUUAACUGGCCCAAGUCUUUCAGGCACAUGAGGAACACAGCUACCUCCUGGGCUAAGUUUUGCCCAGUUAGAAAUAUAUUUUUGUGUAUUUCUAUAUAACUUUUUUAUAAACUUUAAAUUUAUCUGUAUGGUAAGUUUUUAAAAAUUUAAAAACCAUGUCAUUCUUUUGAGUUCAACAGUCUAGGUAUUGGGAAGAUUUUGAAAAAAAAUGAGUGGUUAUAGCUGGUUCUAUCACUUAAUUAGCUGUAUGAGUUUGAAAUUUAACCCUUCAAUUAGUUCUCUUAUCAGUGAACUGAGAGCAGUUUUGAGAUAUCUGUUAUGUUUGUACAGAAAAUUUGUUUAUAUACCUUGAUGUAGCAUAAUUAUGUAAAAUGUUUACUCAUUUCCAGUAAAUGCCUCUAAAGCCUGGAGUGUCCAUUGCUUUAGGUUCACUUUGUGUUUCAUCUUGAUUUUCAAAGGUUUAGAAACUUAAUUUUAUUAUUGUUAAACUACCCAUUUCUCCUAAAACAUUUUCUCUUAGGAUAUCUGCUUAAAUCAUAACCAAAUUCCUUCAUGAUAAAUUUCUACUUUAUAUAUUUCUUUUAUAAACAAUUACAUGUUACUUGGGAAUCAUCCAUUUCUCUCAGGCUUCCUCCAAAAAGUGUGAUAAGUCUUGGGUGUAAUCUGUAAAGAAUAAUGUUAUUUAUUAUUUCACUAACUUAACAUUUUCACACACAUACAAAUGAGUAUGGUACAUAACAGUAUGCAUACGUUGAUAACACACAAGCAAGCAUAUAUGCAUAACAGAGUACAACUGAAGGGCCUAAAACUGCAACACCAGUGAUCAUCUCAAAAUCACCUUAACCACCUUUCUUACCUGACAAAUAUUCUGCAUUACUGCUGUAGAAAGGUCAGUUCUAUAUCAUUCUACAACUAAUAGCACACUUCUGUCCCAUAAGUCAUAAUGCUAAGAAUGAGUCUGCAUGUGCCUACAGCUGUUUAUACCCAUUGUUCUUAUUACUUAGGUAAAUAAUGUGUACAGUGUGCUGAAUGCUUUGUAAAGACUUGAUGAAUGCACCCAUUACUUUGUAGGCACAAUUGAAAAAAAAGGAAAGACGUGAUAGAGCAAACUGCUGAACAGUGUGGCAACAUUAAAGCCUACUGAGAAGGAACUUAAAGACUGUAACAUUAUUACCCACAAAUGUUGAAUAUUGUGAUCCACCUUCUAAGAUCCAAAAUGUAAAUUAUAGGAACACAUUACCUCCAUAGUUUAUACCAAACAAUGAUUUGUAAAUCCAGUGUAGAUAAUUGUAACCAAAGAAUUUUUUUUGUUGUUCUACAUGAAAUGAUGAAUAAAGCUAAACUUUAUUUA